ACCGCUUCACUCAGAGCGAACAGAGACGAACGUUGAGCGGGCGGAGGAGACGCUAGAUAUUUAAACCCCCCGGGUCGUUUUGCAGAUUUUACUCACACAUAUCGGCUCUUUUUUGUUUUCUUUAUUUGGUAUGAUUCAAGAGCUGGUUUCAUGUAGUAAAUGACAGAUCGUUAAGGGCGUCGUUGUCAAGGUUUGUCGAGGUUUGGGACCAGUGAAGGGCCAUGGCAGCCGAGGCUCGGCCGGAGCUGGUCGGGAAGCGGUUCCUCUGCGUGAGCGGGGACGAGCCGCCGGGGAGCGGGGACAUCGGCCGGUGGCCCUGGAGGUCCGGGGUCAUACGAGCCGUCAGCCACCGGGACAACGACAACCCCGACCUCACGGUGUACGUGGAGUUUGACGACCAGGAAUGGGAGAAGCGAGAGUGGGUCAAGGUCUACGAGGACUUCCAGCUGUUCCUGCUGCAGCACCAGCUGGUCUGGGCCAGGAGGCAGGAGGGUGGGGGGGAGAGGGAGCAGGGGGGAGGGGGCCCGAUGCAGGGGACCAAGGCCAAACACAUACAGUGGCCCGCCCUGGCAUUCAAACCAUUGGUUUGGAAGAGCUUGCUGUCCUCUGUAACAGCAGUGGAGUUCCUUUUAGACCGCCAGCUGGACUUCCUGUCCGACCCUUCAGCGUACCAGCCCUACCAGGAUGAAGUGGACAGCCAGAGCCCUGUACUAAGAGACAACCCCCAGCUCCAUGAAGAGGUGAAGGGCUGGCUCAAAGACCAGAAGGCUCAGGAAAUCUUCAUGCAAGGUCCUUAUUCGCUGAAUGGCUACCGUGUGCGCGUGUACAGACAAGACUCAGCCACCCAGUGGUUCACUGGCAUCAUUACUCACCAUGACCUCUUCAGUAGAAACAUGGUCGUCAUGAAUGAUCAGGUGCUGGAACCUCAGAACGUGGACCCCUCAAUGAUCCAGAUGACCUUCCUAGACGACGUGGUCCACUCGCUGCUGAAGGGAGAGAAUAUCGGCAUCACCUCAAGACGGAGGUCCAGAUCCAGCCAAAACAACAACAACAACAACAGCAGCGGCAGCAGCACGGUCCAUACGGCCGGAGGGAGAGGCGGCGGAACCCCUGGCAACACUCAGGGUCACUACACACGAGCCCAGGCCAACAGCCCGCGGCCCAUCACAAACUCAUCAGGAAGUGCUGCAAAGGGCUCCCAGGGGGCCAUGGCCUCUCAGCAGCAGAGCCAGGCCCAGCCAGGCAGCCAAUCGGCCGGCCACGCCCACUCCCCCGGGGCCCGGGACCAGCGCGGGGCCCGCUCUUCCAGGAGGAAGGGGUCGGACAGCAGCGUCCCCGAGGAGGAGAAGGAGAGGAGGGAGGAGCCGGGGAGAGAUUCCAAGCCCAAGGUCAAGCCGACCGUCAACAAGCGGCGCAAGACCGAGGAACAGGAGAAAAAGGCCAGCCUGAAGAGGCUGAAGACAGAGACGACCUCGGACCUGUCGGAGAGCAGCGACAGUGAGCACCCCCACAACAAGAGGACCAUCCACUCCUCCUGCUCCUCUUCCUCCUCGUCCUCCUCCUCCUCUUCGUCCUCGUCCUCCUCUUCGUCUGAGCCCAACUCGGAGAACGAGUUGAAGAGCCGCGGCGGGGAGCUAAUCGCCAGCAGCGUUUCCAAAAUGGAGGAGGACGAGAAGCCGGUGGCGUUGACCGCCGGCUCUAAACUCAGCGAGUCGCCGUCGCUCGCUGGCCGGCUAUCGCCGUGGGCCGAGGUCCGAGGGUCGGAGGACACUAGGAAGGGCUGCGUGGUGAAAGAGACGGGCCCCUCGGAGACAAAGGAGGAACAGGAGCUGACGGCGGUGACGCAGCUCCCUCGGUCACCACGGCAACACCUGGCCCCCCUGCUGAGCACGGCGGUCCAGGGCUGCAUCAUGGAGAGCACCAAGAGCACUGUGAACGCCACUCCUCGGUCCCAGACGCCCUCGGCCACGUCCUCGUCUCAUCUCCAUAGCAACAGCGUGAUGGACAUCACGGAGGAGGCCCAGGCGACGGUGCACCGCGAGAGCUCGGAGGCCGUGUCGGCGCUGCUGGCCUCCCAGGAGUCCACAGCCCUUUCUCCCUACCUCCCCCUCAACCCCUCCCCCGUCUCCUCUCCCCCCGUACCCCCGUCCCCCUCUCCCUCCGAGGGCGGACGCCGUGGGCCGGACAUCGAGCCCGCGCCGCCGCCGCCACCGCCUGUGCCUGCGCCCGUACCACCUGCUUCACCGGGGCAGGGCACCAUGGGAGCUAGCACGAUGGGAGCCGGCCCCGUAGGAGCUGGCCCCAUAGCAACUGGCCCUGUAGGAGCUGGCCCCAUACUAGCUGGACCCAUACUAGCUGGCACCGUAGGAGCUGGCCCCAUGGGAGCUGGCCCCAUGGGAGCUGGCCCCAUGGGAGCUGGCCCCAUGGGAGCUGGCCCCAUUGGAGCUGGCCCCACACUAGCUGGCCCCAUGGGAGUUGGCCCCACACUAGCUGGCCCCAUGGGAGUUGGCCCCUUGGGAGUUGGCCCCACACUAGCUGGCCCAAUGGGAGUUGGCCCCGUGGGAGUUGGCCCCGUGGGAGCUGGCCCCAUAGCAGCAGUCCGCAGCUUAGGCAACAAGAUGGAGUUUGCCCACUCCGAGGUCAUCAGACCGCUGACCUCCGUGUCCGAGCCUGCAGUGCCAGUGGAAAAAGAGAAAACUCCCCUACAACACCCCCAUAACCAUCUCAAUCAUCAUCCUCUUCCUCAUCAUCAGCAGCAUCACCACCUCCAGCCCACGCAGCAGCACCCACAACACUACACAGGCCUCCUGCCAUGCAUCAAGAGCCCUUCUCCCUCAGAAGAGACCAGGAAACACCAACAGUCCCCAUCCCACAAGGUAAAGGCACAUCCUGCCGCCGAGCUGUGCAAACCAAGAGUCAGCCCCAGCCCCAAACCGCAGAACCACCACAGCCACCCCUACCACAGCGCCGGCAUGGCCCUGCUCCCCUCUGACCUGCUCAAAGCAAAGGCCCAGCAGGCGCUCCUGGACAGCUCCAAACCCAAACCCCACACCUCCCCCGAGGUCUCCAGGCAUAAAAUGCCUAAAUACUCAGACACCCCUCCCUCCCCGAUAGCCCGCGCAGGGGCCAAGCCGGAGCCGCCGGACGCCCCGCGCUCCGGCUUCAAGCCGCUCCACCCACGCGCCGAGUCGGGCAGCUCCAACGGCAGCAACUACACCAAGAGCCCCCUCAUCAUCGACAAGAACGAGACCUUCACCGUGUACCGCGACCCGGCGCUCGUGCGCACCGACGCCGAGAACUCUGUGGCCAACGCGGCCAGCGUCUCCUCCAACCACGUCGGGGCCUACCUCCACCCUCAUUUGCACUCUCUUCACUCCCAGUCUCCGCACUCCACAUCUCACCCGCACAUCCUCCACCCGCCCCCGCCGCCCUCCUCGGCUCUCCCCCACCUGCUGCCUCCGGGAGUGCUCCCCGCCAUGCCCCCGCCUCACACCGCCUCUCUCCUGGCUUCCCACCCCCGGCUGGACUCCCCAGGAGCGCUGGGGCACCUGGCCCUGGCCCACGGACACCCGGCACCGUCACACCAGCAGCAGUUCAUGCAGGCCCAGGUCCCACCUCCUCCUUCACUCCUGGCCCAGGCCCAUGGCGGGGCGGCCGGGCUGGGCCUGUACCCGAUCCUCUGGCAGUACGCCAAUGGAGCGCCUGCCAGCUACCCUCCAGGCCUCAACCUCCCCCCGGGCACCAAGUGGGUCCAUCCAGAGAGCGCAGCGGCCGCCGUCAACGCAGAGGCCUCCCUGAGGAGGAGCACGGCCAGCCCAUGGCUCCACCCCACCGUGGCCGGGGACGGCAUGUCCCUGCUGACCCACGUCCCGGUGCGGCCCGCCAGCGCAGACUCCCAGCGGCCCUCACUGAAGAUGAUGGGCGCCCACACCAGCCCACCCAUCUCCAGGAGCCGCGCAGAGCUGCACAAGGAUGACAUGGAUAAACAAGGCUUCAUGGACCCAAUCAGAACCUUGACGUUGGCCCAGCUUAAGCAAGAGCAUACAGACCGGAGUCGGACCCCCACUGGGAAAGAUGCCCAUCUCCACCGCCUCUACCUGGAAGCCCAGGGCAAGCAUGCACGCCUGGCCCAUACCCAGGACGCGGUGCAAGCGGCAGACAGAGCCAGCAAAUACAAGGAGGAGAACCGAAGGAUUCUCCAAGAGAGUAUCGAGGUGGCGCCGUUCACCGCCAAGAUCCACCGGCCUGCCGACCUGGGGCCCGAGAGAGAGCGGGACCGGGACAGAGACCGGGAGACGCACUUUCCUUCUCACCUCCCGUCCCUCACACCCCCCAACCCCAAGGCCGGCCAUCCCCAUCCGCACGCGGCCCAGUCGGAGAAGAGCAACUACUUCACCACGCUGUCCAACAGUGUGGUGAACGAGCCCCCCAGGCUGUACCCCACCAAGGAGCUCAACUCCUACUACGAUAAGGUCUCGGUCGGGGCCGUGGUCUCCAGCAUCGUGGCCACCCAGUCGGUGGCCGUCCAGGGGGCUCCUUCUCUUGGCAGCUACAGCUCCAAGGCCUCCCUCUCCAAGCCGCCUCCCCUCAUCAAGCACCAGCCUGAAGGCGGGGAGGGUCUGGCUGGCAAAAUCACAGAGCACCUCAGCCAGCAGGCCUCACUGGUCCAGCAACACCACGUGGUGGGGAUGGAGCGCCAUCAUCUGGAGCGCCGCAGCCCUUCAUCCUCCCUGAACCACCAUCAUCAUCCUCACCCACAGCAGCAACAACAACAGCAGCAGCAGCAUCAUCACAGGGGAAUGCCAUCUCUUCACCGAGCGCCCGUGUUCCAUCCACCCACACAGCAUGCGCUGGAGCGGAAGGAAGCUGCCGAGCGGGAGAGGGAGCGGGAGAGGGAGAGGGGCGGCUAUGGCGGCCGCUUGUCUCCGCCCACACUCACGCCCAUACAGCCAGUGAGCGCGACGGCGGCGGGAAGCAAGACGUCGGCGGAGCAGCAGAAACCUCCUACGCUGCUGCCGGAGACCAGGGAGGUCAAAGGGCAGGGGGCGGCUGGCACCGCCGCCACCAUCGGCUCUGCCGCCGCCGCCGCCGACAGGAUGGUGAUGACGUCGUCAGCAGAAGGCUGGAGGGGCCGCGAUGUGAGCCAGCAGGAGAAGGGAGCGGAGAGGGGAGUGUGGUUCCCCGGGGAGACUGCCUGCAGCUCACUAUGGGGCAAGCCUCACGCCGCCAUGGCCUCCGUCAUUGUGCGCCCGUCAACAUGCAUCAAAUACGAGGGGAGCCCUCCCCUGGGGGCUAACAGACUCCCUGCCAUGACCCAUAAGGAGCUGCCCCAAGGGAGGCUGUACUCAGCCAAGCCCCAGCCGGACUGUCCCAGGCCGAUGGAUGGUGUGAAGGAGCUGGGCUAUAGCCCAGGAAUGGGUAGAGUCAUACAGCCUAAUACCAACCUGGACGAUAUGUGUGCUCAGUACAAAAAGUCCACAUCAAUGUGUGGUAUGCAGAGAAAUACCGGAGCCAUCCACACUAAUGCACUGGACAGGACUGAGAUCUCCGCCACACUCAGCUCACCAGGAAAGCGUGGAAUAAGCGGUCCGGAUCUAGGCUGCUAUGUCUCAGCGAGAGGUGACCUCGCGGUUCAUAAAGCUGGCCAUGCCGGCCGUCCACUAGGCAACUCGGGUCUCUCUGAUCAAGAGGGCUUCGGGUCCCGCACCUCUUCUCCCGGCGUUUCCUGGCUUCCCCCUAGUCCGGUGGGAACGCCCCACCCCAGCCCGAGCAUCACUCCCAUGCCCAGCUCUGUCUCCAGCCCGAGCCAAGCCUUCUCUCCCUCUUUUGUUCACCUCAAGAAGCACAAAGCUGCCUUAGCUGCAGCCCAGUCCAGAAGCAGCUGCCCCAGCGCACCCCCCACCGCGGCUCCUGGAAGCUCCUCCAUUCCCCUCCAGUCGGCCGACAAGCCCAUCCCCAACAGCUCCCCUCCUCCCUCCUUCUCCAGCCAGGCCUCGACUUCCUCCAUGGACAGCAGCAGCUCGGCGAGUGGCCACACUACUCCGGGCAAGUCCAGCCCGCUGCCCAAUGGCCUGCCCGCCACCGCAGCCAGCGGGCAGUCCAGCAACUACCACAAGCUGAAAAAGGCCUGGUUGACCAGGCACUCAGAGGAGGACAGGAACACCACGACGACCAGCGCAGCCCCGGCGGUCUGCGCCAAACCGGAGAAGGUCCCCGGGCCGCCGCCGGCUACAGCCAGCGCCUUGCAGAGCAACAGCGCGGCCAUGGCUGAGAUGAUCAAGCCGUGCUCCGUCAACCUCAUCGCCUCCACCUCCGGCAACCCCGAGAAAGGCAAGGAGAGUGGCGUCAAGGUGAGCGAGCGGGCGCCGGAGGAGAAGGCAGCGGCGGCGGACGCGGGGGCGGAGGAGAGGAAACCUUCCACCCCGGGCCGGAAGGCCAGCAAGCGGACGUACGAGUCGGGCUCGGAGAGCGCCGGGGACGACUCCGACGCCAGCGAGAGUAAGACGGAGGCCCGGGCCAAGCGCCAGCCCAAACCCACCUACAAGAAGAAGCAGAACGACAUGGCCAAGAGGAGAGGGGACAACGACAAGGACGAGGACGACGUCAAGCCCAACGGCGUCUUCAGGUCCGCCCGGGAGAAGACCAAGCUCAAGCUGGCCAGCAGCAACGGCGUCCCGCGCUCGGUGCUGAAGGACUGGAGGAAGGUGAAGAAGCUGAAGCAGACGGGCGAGUCGUUCCUGCAGGACGACUCGUGCUCAGAGAUGGGGCCCAACCUGCAGAAGUGCCGGGAGUGUCGGGUGCUGCGCAGCAAGAAGGGGGAGGAGCCGGCGCACUCGCCCGUCUUCUGCCGCUUCUACUACUUCAGACGGCUGUCGUACAGUAAGAACGGGGUGAUCCGCAUGGACGGCUUCUCCAACCCCGAGCAGUUUGACCAGGAGGCCCUGGCCCUGUGGCUCCCCGGGGUGCUGGAGGAGAGCCUCCUGGAGCGAGGCACCGCUCGCUACAUCCUGGGCUUCAUCGGGGACAAGUUCUGCCAGAUGGUCUCCACGGAGAACAGCGCCGCCUCCUGGGUCCGCAAGGAAGUCAAGCUGGCGUGGAAGCGAGCAGUGCGCGGCGUGAGGGAGAUGUGUGACGCCUGCGAGGCCACACUCUUCAACAUCCACUGGGUGUGUCAGAAGUGUGGCUUUGUGGUCUGCCUGGACUGCUACAAGGCCAAGGAGAGGAAGAGCUCCAGGGGCCCGCACUACAAGGAGCUGUACGCCUGGCUGAAGUGUGUUAAAGGACAACCCCAUGACCACAAGCACCUCAUGCCAACACAGAUUAUACCGGGCACUGUGCUGGCAGACCUGGUGAGCUCAAUGCACUCCCUGAGGGACAAGUUCAGCAUCGCCUCCCACUGCCCCUGCAAACCGGCCCCCCUGCACAAGCUGCCCUCCACCAACGGGGUCUCCCAGGUUCUUCAGAACAUGUUGAACCACAGCAACAAGCAGCUGGCGCUGGUGAAGGCCGAGCCGUGUUCCCAGCAGAGCUUUGAGCGGGGCGUGGCCGAGACCAACGGGGGCGGGGCCAGAGUGGGAGGAGGGGGAGGGGCCGGGAGUCCCAGCAGUCCCCUGGCCACGCCCCCGGAGUCCCAGUCACCGCUGCACUUCCUAGCCGAUCUGGCCGAGCAGAAAUCCAGAGAGGAGAAGAAAGAGAACAAGGUGCUGCUGAAGGAGGAGCGGGAGGGCGAGAGCGUGGAGGUGCUGCAGCAGUGUAAGACCUCGUCCCUGGUGGGCAGCAGCACGGAGCAGGGCUCCACGCUGAGGGACCUGCUCACCACCACCGCCGGGAAGCUGCGCCUGGGCUCCCCCGACGCCGGCAUCGCCUUCGCCCCCGUGUACUCAACCUCGUCACAGGGCGGUAAGGGCGGGAGGACCAUGCCUAACAUCCUCGACGACAUCAUCGCCUCAGUGGUGGAGAACAAGAUCCCCGCCAGCCGCCACAGCGCCAAGCUGUCCAUCAAACAGGAGCCCCUCCCCCCCAGCCACCUCCCCACCCCCGCCGAGUUCCCCAAGGUGGACGUCAAGAAGAAGCCGCCGGCCGUCACCGCGGCGACGCCCGAUGACGCCCCCAACCAGUACCCGGACGUGCCCCACUGCUGGCUGUACAACAGGCGGCUGCUGUGGCUGAAGGACCACCGCAACGACAGCAACUGGAGGCUCUUCAGGGAGUGCUGGAGGCAGGCUCAGCCGGUGUUGGUGUCGGGGGUGCACAAGCGACUCAACCCCAGCCUGUGGAAGGCGGAGUCCUUUAAGCAGGAGUUUGCGGACCACCAGGGAGACCUCCUGAACUGUAAAGACCAGCUGGUCUCCAGCUCGGGCAUCAAGGAGUUCUGGGAUGGCUUCGAGGACAUCACCAAGCGUCCCAAGUCGAAGGAUGGAGAACCCAUGGUGUACAGACUGAAGGACUGGCCCUCAGGGGAGGAGUUCAUGGUUCUGAUGCCCACCAGGUACGACGACCUCAUGAGGAACCUUCCCCUGCCGGAGUACUGCGACCCAGAGGGGAGCCUCAACCUGGCCUCCCACCUGCCCUCCUUCUUCGUGAGGCCCGACCUGGGGCCCCGACUCUGCUGUGCCUACGGCGUGGCGGCCUCCCAGGACCAGGAUUUUGGCACCGCCAACCUUCAUGUGGAGGUCUCCGACAUCAUCUCCAUCCUGGUCUACGUGGGCGUGGCCAAGGGCAACGGGGUCCUGUCCAAAACCGGUGUGCUGAAGAGGCUGGAGGAGGAGGACCUGGAUGAGAGCGUGAAGAAGAGGCUGAAGGACUCCAGCGAGACGCCGGGAGCUCUGUGGCACAUCUACCUCCACAAGGACCUGCACCACAUCAGGGACUUCCUCCACAAGCUGAGUAAAGAGCAGGGAUUGGACAUGUCCACUGAGCAGGACCCAAUCAGAGAGCAGGGCUGGUACCUGAGCAGGAAGCAGCGGCAGCAGCUGUUGGAGGAGCACGGGGUGCAGGGCUGGACCGUGGUGCAGUUCCUGGGAGACUCUGUUCUGAUUCCAGCGGGGGCCAUGCACCAGGUGCAGAACCUCCACAGCUGUGUUCAGGUCAUCAACGACUUUGUGUCCCCGGAGCACGUGGCCAACUCCUUCCACCUCACCCAGGAGCUGAGGGCCGCCAAGGAGGAGGUCAACUAUGAGGACAAACUGCAGGUGAAGAACAUCUUGUACCACUGUGUGAAGCAGGCGUUGGCCACCCUGAGGAGGGGAGAAGAGGAGGAGGAGGAGGAGGAGCAGGAGGAGGACGACGACGACCGUUCAUGACCCCCCCGUCCCCUUCAGAGCGGACUAGAACCGGGGGGGGGCCCGGUCCACGCUGGGGGACGGGUCUCUGACACCCUGGUGAUGUCAUCGGAGCUGGGAAACACACACACGAGGAACAUUCACACAAACCAGACAGCAUCCUCUUCAUCAUCCACCCCGUCACCAUCAUCAUCAUCGCCAGAACCAUCUUCAUCCCAAACCUCUAGUGCCAAAUAGCCUGGGGCCAGGCAGGCCGGACAGGGCUGGGCCACGACAGAGCGUGGCUUGGUCGCUCCAUGCUGGGAUUGAUCCAACGAAGAGAGAGAGACGGACGGUCCAAACCUCCUCAUGUGUCCUGAGGGCACCGAAGCCCCCCCCGCACGGCCCCCCGCGGCGUCCAACGAGGAGCUCAAACCCAGCAGGGGAGGUCCGGUUGACACGACGACGCUCUGACCCUCCCUCUCACGCUCUUCCUCUAUCCCGGUGCCGUACUCCUCUUCAGGGCACCCCCUCUACUCUGAGGCUGUCUGUGGGACUGUCUGUGGGACUGUCUGUGGGACUGUCUGUGGGACUGUCUGUGGGACUGUGUGUGUGUGUGUGUGUGUGUGUGUGUGGGCCUUUGUGUGUGUGGGUCUGUGUCUGUGUGUGUGUGGGUCUGUGUGUGUGUGUGUGUGUGUGUGUGUGUGUGUGUGUGUGUGUGUGUGUGUGUGUGUGUGUGUGUGUGUGUGUGUGUGUCUGUCUGUGUGUGCCGACAGCCCUGUAGGCACGGCUGUUAGUCUAUCAUCACAGCAUCACCAGCAGCAGCCAGCAGAAUCAGGACAAUAACUGUGAUUUGUAACGAGAAUGAAAAAUCCUGAAAAAGUUUGUUUUUUCACAACUUGAAGAAAACAGAAAUGUGUGCGUGUGUGUGUGUGUGUGUGUGUGUGUGUGUGUGCACAUUUAUGUAUGACGUUUGCGCGUGUGGUAGUUUUUGUGUCUGUGUUUUUUUGGGUAACUGUUGUUUUAUUUUCUUUAAUUUCAGCCUUGUUAAUUUGUUGUCUCUUUCAUAAUGAACAUUUCCUCUGAAGAUGUAUUUAUUUUAUAGCUCUAUGAUUACUGGAUGUUAUUGAGAUAAGAAACGCAUUCAUGUAAAUGUAAUUAUGUACAGUUUUAUUAUGUUGUUUUUUUUCUACAUGAUUUUUUGUUGUAAUACGGCUCUACUGUGAUGGAGGACACACACAAACACACACAAACACACACACACACACACGUACACGCACACAAAACCAAGUCAGGCACAGACACAUCCAUGCGCACACGCACAUAUACACCAGCUGAUGCCUGUGACUUUGGGAAUUUUUGCUAAGCUCUGCAGUCCUCAUGCCAUAAAAUAAUUUUUAAAAGUGUAACUGCCAAACUAUUGUAAAGACCGUGUAAAGUUGUAUUAUGUAAAGAGAAAAAAACAAUUACUUAUACACUUCAGCAUUUUAUUGACAAAGUAUUCACUGUAAAAUUGCAACAUUUACAAAAAAGAUGUAAUUUAUUUAAGAAAAAUUAAUUGUCUUGUUUCUUGUUUUGUUUAAAAUUUACUAUGGUCGAUUUUUGAAGUUUAAUGGUUUAAAAAAGAAAAGCUAUGAUCUGUAAAUAUAUACAUAUAUACAUUCACCGAGGUAUUUUUUUAAAAAAACAUGGCUUGCUUCAAUUUACAAAUUUAAAGUGCAAGUGUUACAUGCUUUGUACGUUGAUUGAAGUUCUAAAAGGGUUUUACAUUUUCCAUUAAAAAUGGAUUUAUCAAACA